AUGAAUAAAGGGAGAGAAAAAUGGAACUAUAGGGUUGGCUAUAUAGUUCAGCUGAGUUUGUUCAUUUCUUUCUUAGCUCAGAGUUGGAUGGAUGUAUUGUAUAUUCUGGUAUCACGUAAAGUUUUUAUGAAGUCAUUUCUCCAAUCAGGUCCAUUGGUUGAACUGGUACUGUAUGUGUGUUUUGCUCUGGUAACAUUUCACCACUGA